AUGUUGGAUAAAUUUCAGAAAACGAUUAAAGCAGAUAAAACUCAUGCUGACGAAAACAAAGCUCAGAAAUAUUCUGGUGCUGCUGAUCAUAAAUACCCAACAAACCGCAACAAAGGCUCAACUUUAAUAAUGUAUCUUCCAGCGGCAUUCACCGAUGCAGUUUUUGAUUGCCUAACUCUCAAAUGGCUCUACAAUCGAUUUGAUACGUUUGAUGUCAGUAUUAACUAUAAUUCCGAAGGGUAUUGCAUUGGAAGUGGCACAAUGAAAGUUGCAAAGCAUCAUGUAGACGAAGUAGCACGUUUCGCUUCACAAAAGAAUUGGAGAGCUUUGAAACCUUCGCCUAUUCGAUAUCACGAUUCUCGAGACAAAUCAACAAUAAUUCCCGCAUUAGUUGGCGGUCUGCCAACGUUUGCAUUGCCUGAUGAGCUUGAAUUUCCCUAUAACUGGUUUGCAUUUCUCAUUUCUUCCGCAAGUCCGUUUGUGCACUCACUAGCCGUUGUCUACGUUUUCUUGGCGUGUUAUCUACGACCGUCGAAGACCCAAACGGACUCAAAUUUAACUGAAUGGUAUCGCUUGAAUUUUGUGACCCAAUUCCUACUGGCUCUCGCAUUUCUUCCUGAGGUCAUCAUCAGUCUGUUCCACGGAUUCCAAUAUUCGAUUUGUACGAGCGGCGGACUGAACACCGGAAUUCUGUCGGGACUUGUUGUCCUUUUCUGGACACUAUCAAAGAUCUCGGAUCUUGUCGAAACGUUUCUUCUGAUAUUCGAUGCCCGAAGGCCACUGCCGAUUCAUAUUAUUCAUCACUGCGUCUCGCUCUCCUAUGCGUUUACAUUCUACGGAUUGAACAUGGCAAUUCAACGAUGGGUGGUGUUCUGCAAUCUACUAGCACACAUCGUGCUUUAUGCCUAUCUUGCCAACAUCAAAGUGCUCAAUUGGGCUCCGUGUUGGGCGUCGGUUUGCAUUACCCAAAUGCUGCAGCUCAUUAUUCCUCUGCUCGCGAGUUUCCCGGUUUCCACGGCUCUUACGAGAGGUUUGAAAUGCGACGCUUCUCCUAAUCAUCUACUAAUUAUGCAAUUUGGCCUCACCACUCUUAUUGUGCUUUUCGCGGAUUUCUAUUAUUCACGAAUCAAAAAGUUUCGUCAACAAAACUUGAAGAUCGUAAGCGAAAAAGAAAAAGAGCCGAGUGUACGGAAAAAGGUGAACGCGAAAUCGGAUGAAACUGUGAUUUUCGAAAAAGAUUUUCCCGAUCUUCGAUCCGUUAUUUUCUCGCCGUAA